CACUCGAACCAGCACAAGUUCACGUUCUCUCCGUAUCCAUUCGAACAGCAAGUGACCAUGUUGCAGCAACUCGCUCUCGCCACCAUCAUUUUUCAAGCCGUCAUCAUCUCGCGGACUGCCGGUCAUGGCAACAUCAUCGUCCCCAAACCUGAAGGCAACGCUGAGCACCCUUACUACAUCGGUGGCCCCGCUGGCACCAUCGACAAACCCGAGAUCAUCGGCUCUGCCUCUUAUGGAGACUACUACCAGGCCGUAGACGACUGGUUUACUAAAAACAAUGUGGCCAGCCUCAAAGAGUUUAUCACCACGUACGGCACGGACAUCUCCGAGUGUGGCAACACUGAAAAGAAAGGCACGGCUCAACCUGUGCCAUCCGACGGCUACGCACAGCACGACACGCUCGGCAACUCGCACCCAGGUCCGUGUGAGAUCUGGUGCGAUGACACUCGUGUUUUCCAUGACACCAACUGCGUGGUGACAUUUUCAGGCCAGUCCCCGGCAAAGAUCCCCAUCGACGUGAGUACUUGCAAAUCAUCGUCAGAGUUCGUCUUCUACUGGCUGGCACUGCACGCUCAGCCGUGGCAAGUAUACAUCAAUUGUGUGGCUCUCGAUGGUACGUCGGCUGCCAGCACAGGCAGUUCUUCUAAUUCGACUUCAGCUUCGACAACGACAGCAACCACUACGGCUCCCACAACGACUACCACACCAGAGUUAGACGAAGCAAGUGAAGGCGGUGAGGCAUCCGCGAAGGAAGAAACGACGGAGGCCCCCGUCACCACGAGUGCACCCGAAACGGAAGCUCCUGCCGCUGAAGCUUCGGCCCCGUCGACGUCUGCAUCCAAGUGCAUUCGCCGCCGCACGUGAAGACUGAGUCGCUUGUGUGAAGUGCAGUGAGUAUAGUUGUCUCAAUUUAAAUGGAAUGAAGUGCUUACUUUUCA